GAAAGAAAUAGAAAGAAUAAUAAAACGGUGCCGUGACGUGUCAUCUUACUCCAUCCCUUCCUUUUGCUUCUUCCCCUUUACUUCCUUCUUAAAUUAAUAAUAAUCAUUUUUGUCGCAAUCGGGAAAAAAAAAAAAAAUCUCACCGGAGAAAUUUUCUCACCGACGACGAAGACGAUCAUGGAGGUUUUAACUACUUCCUCACCUCUAACGCUUCACUCACGCCGUCUCCCCUCUUCUUCUUCUUCUUCCUCUUCACAUGUGACCUCCAUCGCCGCUUCUUCACUUUCUUCCUUCGCUUCUUCAUAUCUCGGAAUCUCCCUCUCCAACCGCACAAUCCACCGCUUCUCCACCACUCCGACGAAAUUCAGACGAUUUCCCAGUAGAAAACGGAAGAAAUUCACUCCGAUUUCGGCGGUUUUCGAACGGUUCACCGAACGAGCGAUCAGAGCUAUCAUCUUCUCUCAGAAGGAAGCUAAAUCGUUGGGGAAAGACAUGGUUUACACUCAGCACCUUCUCUUAGGUCUGAUCGCUGAGGAUCGUGAUCCUCAAGGUUUCCUUGGUUCAGGAAUCACCAUUGACAAGGCUCGUGAAGCUGUUUGGAGUAUUUGGAACGAAGCUAAUCCCGAUUCCAAACAGGAGGAAGUUUCCUCCUCCACUUCGUAUUCCAAAUCCACGGACAUGCCUUUCUCUAUUAGUACCAAACGAGUCUUCGAAGCUGCCGUGGAGUACUCUAGGAAUAUGGAUUGUCAAUAUAUCGCUCCGGAGCAUAUCGCUAUCGGACUCUUCACCGUUGAUGACGGUAGCGCCGGAAGAGUCCUCAAAAGAUUGGGAGCAAAUAUGAAUUUGCUUACAGCAGAAGCACUCACCAGACUGAAAGGAGAGAUAGCUAAAGAUGGGAGAGAGCCAUCAUCUUCAUCUAAAGGGAGCUUCGAUGCUUCCCCUAGUGGUCGAAUUGCUGGUGGAAAACCUAAAGCGAAAAGUGUACUGGAACAGUUUUGUGUGGAUCUUACAGCGCGUGCUAGUGAGGGUCUUAUUGAUCCUGUUAUUGGUCGGGAGAAAGAAGUUCAAAGAGUCAUCCAGAUACUUUGCCGCAGAACUAAAAACAGCCCAAUUCUUCUUGGUGAAGCUGGCGUUGGGAAGACUGCCAUUGCUGAAGGAUUAGCGAUUAGUAUUGCAGAAGCUAAUGCUCCUGGAUUUCUUUUGACGAAACGCAUCAUGUCCCUGGAUAUAGGACUGUUGAUGGCAGGUGCAAAAGAAAGGGGAGAACUGGAGGCUCGGGUCACUGCUUUGAUAAGCGAGGUUAAAAAAUCAGGUAAGGUGAUUCUCUUCAUUGAUGAAGUGCACACACUUAUUGGGUCGGGCACAGUCGGAAGAGGAAACAAGGGGUCGGGGCUUGACAUUGCUAACCUCUUGAAACCAUCACUUGGAAGGGGUGAACUUCAGUGCAUUGCAUCCACAACCCUUGACGAAUUUAGGAGUCAGUUUGAGAAGGACAAAGCUUUAGCGAGGAGAUUCCAGCCAGUGUUGAUUGACGAGCCAAGCGAGGAAGACGCGGUGAAGAUUUUGUUGGGUCUUCGUGAAAAAUAUGAAGCCCAUCACAAUUGCAAAUAUACUAUGGAAGCCAUAGAUGCUGCAGUGUAUCUUUCAUCACGAUAUAUCGCUGAUAGAUUCCUUCCAGAUAAAGCUAUUGAUCUCAUUGACGAGGCAGGAAGCAGAGCUCGUAUUGAAGCUUUUAGGAAGAAAAAGGAGGAUGCAAUCUGUAUCCUUUCGAAGCCACCUGAUGAUUACUGGCAAGAGAUCAGAACAGUUCAGGCCAUGCACGAAGUGGUUCUAUCAAGCAGGCAAAAGCAGGAUGAUGGUGAUGCCAUGGCAGAUGAGACUGGUGAACUAGCUGAGGAGUCUUCGCUGCCGCCUGUAGCUGGCGAUGAUGAGCCUAUACUUGUGGGACCUGAUGAUAUUGCAGCCGUUGCAUCGGCUUGGUCUGGAAUUCCAGUUCAGCAGAUCACUGCAGAUGAAAGAAUGCUUUUAAUGGGUUUAGAAGAGCAGCUUAGAAGCAGAGUUGUUGGUCAAGAUGAGGCUGUAGCUGCCAUAUCUAGAGCUGUUAAGAGGUCCCGGGUUGGCUUAAAAGAUCCUGACCGUCCAAUUUCCGCUAUGCUUUUCUGUGGACCAACUGGAGUUGGAAAAACGGAACUUACAAAAGCUCUGGCAGCAAAUUAUUUUGGAUCGGAGGAAUCUAUGCUGAGAUUAGACAUGAGUGAAUACAUGGAGCGUCAUACUGUGAGCAAGUUGAUAGGUUCACCUCCCGGAUAUGUUGGUUUUGAAGAAGGUGGAAUGCUCACUGAAGCUAUCAGGAGACGUCCUUUCACAGUUGUCUUGUUCGAUGAGAUAGAGAAAGCUCAUCCGGAUAUCUUCAAUAUUCUUCUCCAAUUGUUCGAAGAUGGCCAUCUAACCGAUUCACAGGGAAGGAGAGUAUCUUUUAAGAACGCACUGAUCAUAAUGACCUCUAAUGUCGGAUCAACAGCCAUUGCAAAGGGAAGACACGGUUCAAUAGGUUUUAUCCUCGAAGACGACGAAGAGGCAGCAUCUUAUACUGGAAUGAAAUCUUUGGUAGUCGAAGAACUCAAGAACUAUUUCCGUCCAGAGUUGUUGAACCGGAUAGACGAAAUCGUCAUUUUCAGACAGCUUGAGAAGGCUCAGAUGAUGGAGAUCUUGAACCUGAUGCUACAAGACUUGAAGUCGAGGCUCGUGGCACUUGGAGUCGGUUUAGAGGUGUCUGAAGCCGUCAAGGAACUUAUAUGUAAACAGGGCUAUGAUCCGGCGUAUGGUGCACGGCCACUCCGUAGAACUGUCACAGAGAUUGUGGAAGAUCCACUUAGUGAAGCCUUUCUUGCUGGGAGUUUCAAGCCCGGUGACACGGCUUUUGUAGUUCUUGAUGAUACCGGAAACCCAUCCGUUCGGACGAAACCUGAUUCUUCUUCUGUACGAGUUACAGACAAGACAUCGAUCGCAUAGUUUCACCACCAUUGGAGGAUUGUGUAUAAAGAUUCUUUGAUUAUAGUUACUUUUCUUAUAGCUUGAAUUUCAAUUGAUUGUUGGAAAACCUGUAUAUAUAAAGAUACAUAGUGAUUAGUACGUGAGGUAAUUGUAUUAACUAUUUAAUUAUAAAUAUAUGUUACUCCUUCGUUUAAUC